ACAAUUCUUCGAGAACAAGCGUGUGGUUGAAUUCUUGCCUGGAACAACAUUGAACUCCUGAUCCCAGUUCAGGCGCCCACUCACCAAGUGCCAGCUUGACGAAAUACCCACUUCGCAAGGGGAAAAGAAACCCGGUCCGUAUAUUCCCCGCCGGCACCGUCUGCUGCAGUUUUGCGCAACCACCCACCAUGAACCAAGGCCUAAGGGGAGGUGUCCGGGCUCUCUCCUGGACAAGAGUCCUUCCGCCACGGGUACGACAAAACCCAUUGCAGCAGGCAAAAAGAGGAAUCCAGAUUCGCGCCGUGCCUUCGGAGCAACUCAAUGGAGAUCACCUUCCUGUCGCCGGUACGCCAAACUCGGCUCAGUCGCCCGAUGCCCGGUUCGAUGUCAUCGGCUCCCCAUACUCGUUGCUGUCGGUUUCGCUUUCGGCUUCGCAGAAUCUCUACACUCGCAGAGGAACAUUGGUCGGACUGAGUGGGAAGGCGGAUAAUAUGGUUUCGACGCUGAGCGUCCUAGAACCCGUCCGAAGAGCCCCCGUCGGUGUGCCAUUCCUCUACCAGAAGAUCACCUCUAGCAGUCCUGUGACCGCCCUGGUCUCCGUUCGGUCCCCUACCACGUCCUUCGCCGUCCUCCAUCUCAAUGGCUCCGAAGAUUGGAUAAUCGCCCAGAAACGAGCUCUGCUCGCCUGGACCGGACGUUCCAUUUCCGUCAAGCCCGUUAUCAACACAAACAUGAGCUUGACCCACUGGGGUAACUCUGAAGUCACCGGACGAGGUCUUCUAGCAUUAGUCGGCAGUGGACAGUUAUAUUCCGUCGACGUGAAACCCGGGGAGCAAUACAUUGCCCAUCCUAGCAACGUCGUGGCUUACACUAUGACCUCUAACCCUCCUCGUCCCUACCGAUUCAAAUCUACCACCCUGAACUUCCAAGUGCCCGGCCUCAAGACGUUACCAAGCCUCCUCCAAAAUACGAACUUCAUCCAGAACAUGUCACAGACCGACACAUGGAAGACGGCCAUGAAGGUCUUCCACAAGAUCCGGACAUGGUCCCGCAUGACCAUCUGGGGUGAUAGGCUCUUCCUCCAAUUUGACGGCCCCACCCAGAUCCUCGUGCAAUCCCGUGGCCCCCGCCUUAACGACGUCCUCUCCGAACGCGAAGUAAACGAAAUCGCAGAAUCCCCUCGCGGUCUAACAAGCGGACCCUCGCAACAAAACACGGAGAAGAAGAGCGAGGAGAAAAAAUUCCGGGAAGAAGCUGAAGAAGCAACCCACGCUGCGCCUGUGCCUGCUCGAUCGGUCGACAGUCUGAGCCAAGAGGUUAGAGGGAUUGACCAGAAGAUUGCGAAGCUUACGGGGGAAGGGAAGGUGAUUUUCGAUAAGCCGGCUUCGAAGAAUUGAGACAGUCAUGCAUCAGUUGAACGCAAGCAAUGCACAUGGGUCGUUUUUGUCAUUUCUGUUAGUCUGCAGCCGCAAUGUAUUAUAUCAUUUAGACCUCUUCGUUCAAUAAAGUAUCGUCAAGAGUCUUCUCCCUAGUUCUCGCUUUCUACACACCAUCAGGGAGUUACGAGAAUAC